UUCACUUUAACUUUUACUUCCACUUUCAAAUUGACUACACAAAGACCGUUUGAACCUUAAUGACUAGCUCAUAAACCGUAGUGCAAGUGAUUUCUUUUCCUUGACUAAUUUAAAGGCAUUUGAUCAGAAGUCGGAACAGCACUCCAUUGUGACCGCAGAGACAGCAAUCGAUCUUAACUCUUAGCUCUCAGAAUGGCUAACGGGGUACGAAAUGAGUUACUGAUGAACACAACCCUAAUCGAUGAACUGGCACAAGUGGCAAAAGAAUCAGCAUUUACACAUGGCUCCCUUGUGAGACUUAGAAAAUCCCCCAACUCAUCAGAGGAGGUGACGUAUGCUCCUAUCACUCUCUUCCCCACGCCAGUACCAAGAGCUCUUUUCCUCCAAGGCAUGGCAGUGCAAACUCACUACAACACACUGAUGAAUAAGAUCAGCCAGGAUCCUGACUUCUUGGAAGAGGCGCUUGCCAGCACCAUUACUGUGGAUGAUUUUACUGCAAGACUGUUCAAGAUACAUCGGCAGGUCCUUAAAAAAGGAAGGUUGCAGACAAUUGUGUUGGGUCUGAACCGGUCAGACUACAUGUGGGAGAAGGAGAAUGGACACGCAUCUCUGAAACAGAUCGAGAUCAACACCUUUGCUGCUGCUGCUGGAGGCGUGGCUUCUCGCAUUUCUGAUGUACACAGACACAUUCUUCAGGUGACUGGCCAGCUGGAGGAGAGCCAGCGCAUCAUCGACAACAAUCCUGCAUUGGGUCAGGCCAAAGCUGUGGCCAAGGCCUGGGAGCUCUAUGGAUCAAAGAGAGCGGUUGUCAUGUUCGUGGUGGAGGAGAACCAGAUCAAUAUUCUGGAUCAACGAAUAAUUGAGAAUGAGCUGUGGAAAGGGAAUAUUGCCACCGUGCGAAAGCGUUUUGAGGAUGUCUCAGAAUCUGGACACCUAGAUGGGGACAAGAGACUAUUUGUUGAUCAUCAGGAAGUUGCAGUGGUGUACUUCAGGAACGGUUAUAUGCCUCAGCACUACAAGUCUGAAAAGGCAUGGGACGCUCGCCUGAUGAUGGAGUGCUCCUUGGCUGUGAAAUGUCCGGAUAUCAGCACUCACUUGGCUGGAACCAAGAAGGUCCAGCAGGUGCUUGCCCAGCCAGGUGUUCUGGAACGAUUCUUUCCUGACCAGCCGCAAGUAGUGGAGCAAGUUAGGGCCACCUUUACUGGCCUCUACUCUCUGGACAUGGGAGCAGAAGGGGACAAAGCGGUAGAAAUGGCUUUGGCAGCACCGGAUCGGUUUGUCCUGAAACCUCAGCGAGAGGGAGGAGGAAACAAUAUUUACGGACAAGAGAUCCGGGAGGUUCUUGGCAAAGUGAAGAGCAGUGCAGCGAGAAUGGCCUAUAUACUGAUGGAUAAAAUCCAGCCUGGGUCUUCACUGAACUACCUGCUGAGAUUGGGCAGGCCCCUCAAAAUUAGUAAUUGUGUUAGUGAACUGGGCUUCUUUGGAACCUAUGUCAGGCAUGGUAAAGACAUGCUGAUGAAUGAUUGUGUGGGCUAUCUUAUGAGGACCAAGAGUACAGAAUACUCCGACGGUGGUGUAGCUUCUGGAGCGGCAGUCCUGGACAGCGUGCUCCUCUUCUGAGUACAAUGGACUUGGCACAAUUCUUUGCCAUUAGUUAACGAUGUGCUCUCUCUCGUAAUGUUUCCCCGCUCUUCCAGUCUAUAUCUACCUAAUUGAGGCUCUGGUGAUGACUCACUCAUUGCCAUAUUGUUCAAUGCACAUGGAUACAAGAUGCCACAACUGUUUUCAAUGGAUUGAUCUUCUGUUUCCGACCGUGUCUGUCCUUGACCUUCCUGCCCCGUUGUUCUCCCAGGAAUCCUUUCUGCCCCUGACAGUGAAUUCUGCCUUAAGUCUGGUUCACACAGCAAGAUUUAAAACAAAUUGGUGGACUUUCAAGCUCCGAGAGACCCCACACUUGAUGAGAACCAAUCACGGGUAUAACAGUUUUGAAUGUACCGUGUGUGGUGUGCAACCCUAGUGAGGAUAAGCAGUUGACAGAGAAUGGAUAGAUGAAUUGACAGAUUGUAAACUUGCCAUUCGACACCUAAAUUGUAAGUUAAAUUGGCACGAUAAUGAACAUUUGUUCUACCAUUGAAUCAAUUUUAUUAAGUUUUGCAUGACUUAAAAUGAAAAAAAACUA